AACCUGGGGCAGAGCCGUGGGAACGGACCGUUGGGCCGCGUUGGGGCGGGGCUGUGAGGUCCCAGUUUACGGUGGGGCCCAUUUCCUCAAUUCCCCCAAUUUCUGCCCGGACCUCUUUCCGGUAGGACCAUGAACUCCGUUCUUCCAGUUUCCGGUCGGACCCGAUUUCCAAUGGAGUCGAAUACGCAACUUCCUGUCAGAUCAAUUCACCCAAUCCCUUCACUUCCGGUCAGGUGGACUCCCCCACUACCUCAAUUCUGGUCCCGCUCUCUCUCCGAACUUCCCCACUUUCGGUCGGAUUCAUUUUUCACCUUCGCUCCCACCGGAAGCUCCUCACCAACCGGAAGCCCCACCGCACCGGAAGUUUCUAAGCGGAAGCUCCACCCCACAGGAAGCGGCAGUGCCGCCAUGAAGCUCCUCACGCACAACCUCCUCACCUCCCACGUCCGCGGCCUGCAGCCCGGCGCCGGUUUUCCAUUCCACAUCCGGGCCUCGGAGGUUCGGGUCCGUUCCGUACCGUUCAACGCGGCCUUCGUGGCGCGGCUCCUGCCGAGGCUCCACUGGGAGGCGCUGCUGAGCGCGGCUGAGAGCGUCGGUCACCCCCCAGCUCUGCCCCCCCAGCCCCCCCCACCCGAUGAUGCUGAGGAGGAAUUCUUGCUUCGGCUGCACCACGUCCUGCUGGAGGUGGAGGUGAUGGAGGGCGAACUGCAGUGCCCGGAUUCGGGGCGACGUUUCCCCAUCACAGGGGGGGUCCCCAAUUUGCUCCUCCCUGAUGGUGAUGCGUAGGAGACCCCCCAGAACGGGACCUCCCUCAUUGUGACCCCCCUGACUUCAGGAUCCCCCAUCUUCAUUGAGACCCUCCACCCCAGAACAGAGCCCAUCCCAUAUUGGGACUCCCCCCACUUCGGGACCCCCCCCAAAAAUGUGUGAUGCAGCAGAGGGGCACAAUGAAGAGAUGUGGGAUGAA